ACACUGACUCACCGUCGAAUCCUACGCAACCACAGUUUGGUAACACAUUACUGUUGGGUUAUCUCUCAUUGGGAAACUGUGAUUAGUUUGUGCCAGCUGCACUGCUGUAAGGUAAGAUGGAUUCUGUUAAUACUCAACUAAUUAGACACUGACUCACCGUCGAAUCCUACGCAACCACAGUUUGGUAACACAUUACUGUUGGGUUAUCUCUCAUUGGGAAACUGUGAUUAGUUUGUGCCACCUGCACUGCUGUAAGGUAAGAUAGAUUCUGUUAAUACUCAACUACUUAGACACUGACUCACCGUCGAAUCCUACGUAACUAGAUUUAGGUAACACACUGAUGUUGGGUUAUGUUUCAAUGUGAAACUGUGAUUAGUUUGUGCCACCUGCACUGCUGUAAGCCAGCCGACCUCUGAGAGAUGUCUGCAAGUGUUUUGCCUCUGAUCGGCGCCAUCGCUCUUCCCCUGGGUGGCGGCCAACUCGUGGACUAUAUCGUGGGCAGUGGAAGAAGUGCCUGGUCUCAGGCAUUGAAAGCGCCAUCCUGGAGACCUCCAGCGGUAGCUUUCCCAAUCAUCUGGUCUUCCCUCUACUGUGGGAUGGGCUACGCUUCCUACUUGGUUUGGAGUGAGGGUGGAGGGUUCACUGGACAUGCCAAGUUACCUCUGGCCAUGUACUGUCUGCAGCUAGGCUUGAACUUCGCUUGGACGCCCAUAUUCUUUUCAAUGCGCAGUUUAAAAGGGGCCCUGAUCGACAUUGCCUUGCUGGAUGUGGCUGUAGUAGGAACCACGUACCUCUUCUACCAGGUGACACCGAUGGCCGGCUACCUCAUGAUGCCGUACCUCGCAUGGCUAACAGCAGCUACCGCUCUCAACUAUGCCAUAUGGAGGGACAACCCCGCCCCCUCAGACCUCAGCAAGGGCGACUAGCGACUUCUUGCAUCUCAGUGACGUGCCAACACAGCAAUCACUCAACGCCAACUUUGAGAUUCCUAGUGAACUCGACUACUUAUAAAAAGUUCUGGUAGAAAGUUAUGAUUCAAAUAAUUUGUGAUCAAUAUUUUGACGACAUUUUUAAAAACUUUUAGGACUAUUAACGUUUCAAAUUUAUUUGCAAGUUUUUUAGGAAGUUUCCUAAGUCACAUUUGAAAAACAUGUAAUACAGACUCGUUACAAAAUGUAAUAGACUCAUUCAUACACAAAUUCAUUACCACUCCAUCUGCCCUCCAAGACCCACCCCAACUAACCCAUCUCUGACAUCUUUUCUAGAAAUCGAGCUUUCAGUUUCGACUCGCAACUGACUUAAUAUUUCUAAAAGAAUUCCAUGCUAGGCAAGCAGUAAUGAAAAUGAUUUUUUAAAUUGAGGUUCCAUGGAAUAAGAAGCAAAGGGGGUUUAUAGUAAACUAAGACUACAAUUAUAUAAAUUCAUGCACAACAUUACCACCUGAACUGUAGAAGUUUAACAUAAGCGAGAUUACCACCUGACCUCAAGAAGCGGUAACAUAAGCAAGAUUACCAGCUGAUUCGUAGAAGCCAUAACAUAAGCAAGACUACAACUUGACCUGUGGAAGCCGCAACAUAAGCGAGAUUAUCACCUGACCUGUACAAGCAGUAACACAGUAUUUACAACUGUUCUUUGAGUGCUAGUUAGGGCCUUUUUAUAUGGGGUAUUUUUUAUGGUGUAUUUUUUAACA